AUGGGCUGGGCGGGCUGCCCCGGGCGCGCCACGUGGGUGCUGGCCGGGGGCCUCCUGGCCGCCGCCCUGGCGCUGCCCGCUGGGCCCGGGGCCCGAGGCUGGCGGCUCUGCUGCGUCUCCGCCCGCGGCGGGAGGCCCCUCGGAUAUGGAGACAUUUCAAGAGACGUUCAAGUAACUUCUGGGAAUGGAGUAAUUUUUCAGAAAUGUGCUGUGGUGUCCGGGCACAGCACGUCCCAGACGGCUCAGGUGCAUCUGCUGGUGAACAACACACAGACGCCGGUGGCAGCCAACCUCUCAUAUCUGCUCUUGCUGGACAACAUCACGGGCCUCUCCGUCAGGGACUCGACUGGAAACAGGACGUCGGCAGGAUUCCAGGCUUUCAGGAAGAAGUUUCUGCAAGUCGGAGACUCCUUCUUGGUCAGCUACACAGCGUCACUCGAAGCCGGAGAUGUUGGGAGUGGAGAGACCCUCAGGCUUCCUGCCCAGCUCACCUUUCAGAGCUCAUCACUGAACCGAACACAGCUAAAAGCCCUUUUCACCAUAACAGCAGAAGAAAAGAUAAAGGUUCUACCAAACCAUGGCCUUCACACGGCGGGCUUCUUCGUGGCCUUCAUCGUCUCCCUCGGGCUGACCUGGCUCGCGCUGUUCUUCAUGGUUCGUUAUCAGUGUUUGAAGGGAAGUGUGCUCACCGGACAUCAGGUUCAGCAUCACGAGAGCAAGCUGGAGCACCCCCAGUUCACCUCCGCCAAUGGCGUGAAUGAGGAUCUUGCUUUGAAUGACCAAAUGAUAGACAUUCUGUCUUCAGAGGACCCUGGGAGCAUGCUGCAAGCCUUGGAAGAGUAUGUGUGCUUGUGUGCACAUAUGCCCUUGCGUGUACGUGCACUGUGUUGUAUGUAUGUAUGCAUGUGUAUGCAUGUAUGCUUGUGCAUGCUUGUGUGCAUGCACGCCUGUCUGGCGUGUCAGCGUCUCAUGUGCUGCCUCUUCUCCCCACAGUCCGCUGUCGAGUGCAGCGGCCUCCUGCGGACCCUGCACGGGCUGGAACAGGAGCACUUGAGAAGGUCCCUCGCUCUGCAGCAGGAGGAAGACUUUGCCCGGGCUCACAGGCAGCUGGCCAUUUUCCAGAGAAAUGAAGUGCACCGUAUCUUUUUCGCCCAGAUAAAAAACGCUAUUUUCAAAGGGGACCUGAAACCAGAAGCAGCUAAAAUGCUGCUACAAGAUUACUCUAAAACACAGGAAGAUGUAGAAGAGUUAAUGGACUUUUUCCAGGCUAGUAAGAGGUAUCAUCUAAGUAAAAGAUUUGGCCACAGGGAGUACCUGGUCCAGAACUUACAGUCGUCAGAGACCCGUGUGCAAGGCCUUCUGAGCACCGCGGCUGCCCAGCUGACCCUCCUCAUCCAGAAACACGAGAGAGCAGGGUACUUGGAUGAAGACCAGAUGGAAGUGCUGCUGGAGCGGGCUCAGACCGAAGUCUUUUCUAUCAAACAGAAGCUGGACAAUGACUUAAAGCAGGAAAAGAAAAAGCUCCGCCAAAAACUAAUAAUGAAGAGAAGACGAGAGAUGCUGCAAAAGCACAAGGAGCAGCGGAAGGAGCAGCUGUCCAUCGGGGAAGCCUUCCGAGCGGCCGAGGACGUGGGCCAGUACCUGGGCCAGUGGAGGGGCCUGGUGGCGGGCCACGGCGCCGCCCUGGAGGAGCUGCAGGAGCGUCUGGACCAGGCCGCGCUGGACGACCUCAGGGCCCUGACCCUGUCGCUGUCCGAGAGAGCCACCGAGGACCUGCGGCGUCUCCAGAGCUCACUGAUGACCCAGGAGCUGCUCAAGCGCGGGGUACCCUGGCUCUUCCUGCAGCAGAUCCUGGGGGAGCACAGCAGGGAGAUGGCCGCCCGGGCCGUGCAGCUGCAGGGCGAGGAGCGGGACAGGGACCAGGAGGGCGUCCAGAGCGUGAGGCAGAGGCUGAAGGACGACGCGCUGGAGGCCUCGACGGAGGAGCAGGCGGAGCUGAGACGCUGGGAGCAGCAGAUCUUUCUGCGGCUGUGUUCCUCGGCCUUCUCCCUGUCUGAAGAGGAGCUGCUCAGGAUGAGGCAGGAAGUUCACGGCUGCUUCGCCCAGAUGGACAGGAGCUUGGCCCUCCCCAAAAUCCGGGCGCGCGUCCUGCUGCAGUGGCUUCACGCUGCCUGGCGAGAGGCAGAGUUCCUGAAACUGGACCAGGCCUUGGCUGCCCCUGAGCCGCAGCAACAGUCCAGGGCGAGAAAGCCACGCUCCAAGAGUAAAAGCAAGAUAGACCUUUUGAAGAAGUGUAUUGAAGACAAAAUUCAGCUCUUUGACGAGCCGGCCCCUGAAGACCUGGUUGAAAAGGUCCGAGGAGAAUUGCUGCGGGAGAAAGUGCAGCAGCUGGAGGCCCAGGAGGGCUGCUUCGCGGAGUCCCUGGUCUCCCUGCAAUUCCAGAAGGCAGCUGGCAUGGCCAAGACGCUGUGGGCCUACACCGCGCUCCUGAGCGUCCAGGACCUGCUCCUGGAGGAGCUGAGCGUGUCGGAGACCCUGACAAAGUCGGCCUGUGCGCAGAUCCUGGAGUCUCACAGCCCCGAGCUCCAGGAGCUGGAGAGGAGGCUGGAGGAGGCGCUGGCCCACCAGACGGCAGCCCAGCUGGAGCGGGCCCUGGCCAGUCGGCAGCAGUGGGCUGGCGACGGGCCCGGGCUUCUGAACGAGGCUGAGGACACCGAUUCCGAAAGGCAGGUGUCCUCUGUCCUGUGGCGAGCCCUGAGCAAAAGCCAGAAGUUACUGGAGCACCAGCAGCAGAGUUUCAGAGAGGAGCGAGAGAGCGGUGUCCUGCUUGAAGACUUGCUUGAGAGUAUGGAGACAGACACAUUUGCGACCCUGUAUAUCCAGGAGCUGAGACUGGCCUCGUACCUGUCCAAGCUGACGAUGGUGCCCGCGGGCACGCUGCGCCGCCUCCUGAGCGUGGCGCUGCCCACAGCCUCGCAGCCCGAGCUGCUGGCGGUGCUGGAUUCCGUCAGCCAGAAGUUUCCAGAGCACACGGUGGAGAACGACGGCGGCGGGGAGCCAGCCGACCUGGGCAGGAGGGGGAAGCACCAGGGCUGGUGGCAAGCCUUAGAGAGCAGACUGCGCGGAGAACUCGUAAGCAGAGGACUGGAAAGGGUGCUGUGGGCUCGCCAGCGGAAGGAGAGCAUAUUGAAGAAGACUUGUCCCCCUGUCAGAGAGAGGAUAAUGUUCCCUGGGCAAGGAAGCUGGCCGCACCUGUCCCUGGUGUCCCUCGGUGAACUGGCACCCGUGCCCAUUGUCGGGGCAGAAGCCAUUGAUUUAUUAAACACGGGCGAAAAGCUCUUUAUAUUCAGGAAUCCAAGGGAGCCAGAGAUCUCACUGCACGUUCCUUCCAGGAAAAAGAAGAACUUUCUGAAUGCCAAGAAGGCCACAUGGGCCUCGGGCAUGGACUAGCCCAAAGGAAAGACAGAACGAUUUAGUUUCUCCUGCCCUCCUGUGUGUGCGUUUAUAAUGUACAAUCUACAAUAUAAAUUUCACACGCAGAAGACACAGACACCCCCAGCAACCCCGCUCCCCCCCAACUUCCAAGGACCCAGUGUAACCUGGUCUCAUGAAUUUCCAGAUGGCCAGCUCUCCUCGGCAUCACCAGGGACAUGAUGAGACACGGGACCGGCCGCGGGUGCUUGUCACUCUCCGUCCCACCUUCCGAGGGCCUGCGGGAGACCCAGCCCCCAAUCCACAUCCCCGAAACGCCCGGCUGCACUAUGGGCUGUGUGUGCACGGCAAGGCUCUCUCUUCUUACAUACUGUGUUUGUUACACGUUCGGUUUUUAUCAAGGAAACUUUCCAAAAUAAACACAUUUUAC